AUGGCUCCACCAAUGAUUUUAUAUUGGUACAAGCAAAUGCCAUAUAGUAUUAUACAUAAAAUCCCUUCUGGAUGCAGUGUUAGUUCAACAGAAAAAGGAUGGAUAACAGCCGAAUCAUUUUACGAGUAUAUAACAAAUGUGUUUUAUCCAUGGCUAGUAGCUAAAAAGAUUACAAUGCCUAUAGUCUUAUAUGUAAAUGGUCACUCAUCUNAUUUAACUAUGCCAUUAAGUGUCUUUUGUCGUCAAAAUGGAAUUGAACUUGUAGCAUUGUAUCCAAAUGCGACUUAUAUACUUCAACCUUUAGAUGUCUCAGUAUUUCAUCCUCUACAACAAUCCUGGAAAAAGACAGUAGAUAAUGCUCCUCAGCGUGUGCAAAAAGACAAGUUUGCUCCAUUAUUAAAACAAGCAGUGGAUUCUAUAAAUCUAGCUGAAAUAGUUCAAAAUGGAUUUAAGACUUGCGGUUUGUGGCCCUUUUCAGAAGAGGCUAUAAAUUAUAACAUUCUANAUAAAAAUAAAAAACAAGAACAGAUGCUUGAACAACAAAGUGAUAGUUCCAUUCAUGAAUCAAACAGUUAUAAAGAAGAUUGCAAGAAACACUUAAAAUUUUUUGAAAACUACAUUAGCAAUACUUUGUUACAUAAAUUUAAAGAUGCAGAGAUCGAUGGCUCUCCAAGUGUAUUUAUUGAUAUAAAAAAUGAAAGAUUAUAUGAGUAUUAG